UCACUCUCAUCUGUCUGUACAGUUGCAGUCGCGCCUUCACGCGCUAGCCUCCAUGGCGACUUACUAGAAGAAACACCCUCUUCUUUUCAUCUCGACCAGCCGGUUAGCUCCCGAAAGUGAGCUGACGGGCGUGUUGAGAAAUGGGAUGAUGUAGCGGGGAAACUCUUCGGACGAGCCACGCAGUACCUUAGCAUGCUAAGCUAACGCGGAGCCAGGAGAAACUAGCCGGAGCCAGCGCGAGCUAACGGCUGAGAGCUAACGGCUAGCCUUCACCUGCGGGCGGUUUCUUGCUAACUGAACAGCCGCUGCUAGCUUCAACAGGAUGGAAAGUGUGAAGGAAAACCAGUCCGGGGCGCUUUCAACUUCGUCAACACCGCAGGGGGGGCUGGACUCGAGCGGUGACAGUCAUUCCGUGAAGCCGUGUGGAUUAACGCCGCUGUGUGCGGGGAAGAGGGGCUCAGUCGGGGAGGAUGACGGCGGGGAGGCGAAACUCUUCGGGAAGGGACUGGCAGCCACCUCCCUGCUCCAGAUCGCGAUCAGGAACGGGAUCUACCAGAACCAGGUGGCCAACGCUAUCGGCGGUGCGGCCAAGAACAUGAACAUUCCCGCCGUGAAAACAGCCAACAUUUACAGCCUGACCUCGGUCAGCAGCACCACUUCUGUCAACUCUUUGCUGGGCAGGAGGCGGCAGCGGCACAAGAGGAACCUGUCGCUGGGGGCUCCACCGAGCAGCUGCAGCAGCUCCCCCGGCGGGUCCUCUGCAGAGACGGCCAGCCCGGCUCCCACGGUCUCGCCUCUGAGCACCCUCAGCCUGGAUCGGAAGACUUUUCUUCGACAGAAGCAGUCCAAACAGCUCCAGGCCUCGGAUAAGACCUGGGUGAGAUCGGACCUACGGCGGGGCUGCAUUCACGUCCACGACUGGCUCACGCCCUCCUACCCGCGGCCAGUGCUGUUGACUGUGGACACCACUGCUGCAGAGGUAGCCUGUAAGCUGGAAGGGAGCAAAAUUGGGGCUGUGUUGAGAAUUAACUGCAAAACUGCUGCUUUAGUCGACUUAAAUGAUAAUUGCAAAGAUAGUAACGGACACAGUGAUGAAGUGGAUGUCAAAAACCCCAAAGCAGAUGAGAGUGAACUCACAAAACAGUAUUAUCCUGAUACUAAACUGUCCUCUAACUUGCUGGAUGAUAAAACCGCAAGUAACUCUUCAUCUGAGGUCUAUCUGAAUGAUAUUGGGAUGGAUCUGAGCCUGAGUGUGGGAGACUGUUAUGGGGUCUACUCUGGUUCAGAUAUGGAGAGCAGCACCUGUGAGGACUUCAGCCCAGGUGGACCCAGAAGCACAGAGCACCGGGACUCGCUCAGUGAGGGGCUGGGUGUGGGCACAGACUCCUCAGUGUUGAGCCCAAACUGUGACAGUGCCACAGAGGGACCUGACCCCUUUGAGAGCUCCUCAGAUGAAGUUGACCUCACCUCUUCCCCAACACAUUCAACCGACAACUCUGCUGCAGACCUGCCCACCACAGACCCCUGCAGUGCUUCCAGCCAAGUGACAACCACACUAGAUGAAACUGAAGCUGGAGCUGAGGAUAAUGCAGAUACCCCCAAAUUAAUCAAACCUCCCUCUAAAUGCCCCAGCAGCUCUCAGACUCGGCCCCUGUCCAGCCAAGCAUCUGUCCAGCCUGACCCAGAGAUCCCAGGGGGGAGCAGGGCAUGGCCGGAGCCCAUCAAUACUAGUCCAACCCCGGCCCUCUUCGUCCAGCUGCACGGUGGAGCUGUGCGGCGGCUGGGAGAUGAGGAGAGGCCUCUUCAGAUAUUGAAUGAGUACCUCACAAAUCUGGGGUUUGAAGACCCAUGGAGGGUGCAGGGAGAGGAGAUGAAUCCAGAGAUUGGCUGCCUGAUACGUUUCUACUUUGGCAAGCCUCGGAGUGUGGGUGGUUCUGAGCGCGUGCAGCUCUCUGGCGUGUUCAACGUGCGGAAGGGAAAGCUGGCGCUGCCGGUGAACCGCUGGUCGAAGCGUCAGGUCACUCUGAGUGGAACCUGCCUCAUUGUCUCAUCUGUCAAACACGCACACACCGGCAAGAUGCACAUCCUCCCUCUCAUCGGAGGAAAGGUAGAGGAAGUGAGGAGACACAACCACUGUCUGGCUUUCAGCUCAGGCGGUCCUCAGAGUCAAACCUACUACAUCAGCUACGAGUCGUAUACAGAGCACCUGCGCUGGCACAGGACAGCCUCAAAGAUUGCGUCCCAGAGGGUGAACUCAGUUGACCUGUCCUGCUGCAGCCUGGAAGAGCUGCCUGCUCAGCUCUUUUACAGCCAGGACCUCACACACCUCAAUCUCAAAAACAACUUCAUGUCGCUGCACAAAGGUGUUCCAGCACUGACCAGGUUUUGUAAACUGAGAAGCCUCAGUCUGUCAAAUAACGCUCUGUCAGACUUUCCUCUGGCCUUGUGUGACAUCACCUCGCUUACGGAGCUAAACUUGUCUGGAAACCGUCUCUCCUCUCUGCCCGCAGAAGUAGGAACCAUGCACAACCUGCAGACUCUUCUCCUUGAUGGAAACUUUCUGAGCUCUCUGCCUGUGGAGCUGGGCUCUCUGGAGGCCCUGACCUACCUCGGCUUGUCCUUCAACUGUUUCAGCUGCGUUCCCCCCGUCCUGGAGAAGCUCAGAGGCUUGGAGAGACUCUGCCUGGCAGGGAACCAACUCUCUGUCCUGGAUAUGGCCGGACUGCAGUGGCUGCCUGCUCGCCACAUAGAUCUCAGGCUGAACCGGCUUCAAAACGUGACAGCAGGAGACUCAGUGCAGCUGGUCCACAUAGUCCAGCUGGAUCUAAGGGACACAGGGUUACAGGAGCUGGAUGUCAGGCCUCUCUGCAAGCUGGAACUCCUCCGCUGUGACAGAAAUGCUAUCUCCCUCCUCAGGGUCAGUGGCCACGCCCUCAAGAGCCUGCACGCUGCACACAACGAGCUGAUACUGCUGGAGGUGCAGCCGGUGCCAGAGAAUCUGUCUGUUCUGGAUUUGUCCUGGAACAAGCUGGGAUGUGUCCCUGCUUGGGUGUGCGAGAGCAGCAGACUGGAGGUGUUGGACAUCAACCAUAAUUCUGUUACGGAGCUGCCCAUACAGCUGCUGUCCAGUGGGAGCCUGAGAAAACUGCUUGCAGGUUGGAACGAAGUGUGUCGGCUGGCCGAGAGGUUAGAGCGAUCGCAGCUCGAGGUCCUGGACCUCCAACACAACCAUCUGACAGAGCUCCCACACAACCUGUUCAUCAAGGCAGAGAGCCUGCGAUACCUAAAUGUGUCAGCCAAUAAGCUGGACAACCUUCCUGCAGCCAGCCUGUCAGAGGACAGCUCCAGCAGCCUGGAGGAGCUCUAUGUGACCAAUAACAGCUUAACGGACAAGUGUGUCCCUCUGCUGACUGGACACGGCCACCUCAGGGUGCUUCACCUGGCCUAUAACCAGUUGCAGACCUUCACUGCCAGUAAACUAGCACGACUGGAGCAGCUGGAGGAGCUGGACCUGAGCGGCAACAGACUGAGAGCCGUGCCCACCACCAUCCUCAGCUGUCAGCGUAUGCACACACUCUCCGCCCACUCCAACUGCAUCAGCGCGUUCCCAGAGGUUCUCCAGCUGCCUGAGAUCAAGUGUGUCGACUUGAGCUGCAACGAGCUGACUGAGGUCACUCUGCCAGAGACGCUCCCGCCGAAGCUUCAGGAGCUCGACCUCACAGGCAACCCUCGCCUCAACCUGGAUCACAAGAGCCUGGAGCUCCUCAAUAAUAUCAAAUGUUUCAGGGUGGAUCCGUCACCUUCAGCUCCGUGUGUGAGUGAGAGCCACGGGGCCCCAGCUGUCUGGAGUCAUGGCUACACCGAGGCCUCUGGAGUCAAAAACAAGCUGUGCGUGGCUGCUCUGGCUCUGGACAGCUUCUGUGGAAUUCGUGAAGCUCUGUAUGGAGUUUUUGACGGAGACAAGAAUGUCGAGGUGCCUUACCUGCUGCAGUGCACCAUGGGAGACGUGCUAGCAGAGGAGCUUCACAGAGGCCAGAAGCAGGAGGAUUACAUGACCAACACUUUCCUCACCAUGCAAAGGAAACUGGGCACAGCAGGCCAGAGGAUGGGCGGCUCUGCAGCUUUAUGUCACAUCAGACACGACCCGGUGGCUCCCGGUGAGCACGGCGGCUGCUUCACCCUGAAGGCUGCAAACGUGGGCAGGUGCCAGGCUGUUUUGUGCCGCGACGGUAAAGCUAUGCAACUCUCCAACACACACACCGUCAAAGAGGAGCCGGAGUACCACAGGGUCCGGCAGCAUAACGCCAUCAUCACCGAGGAUAAUAAAGUGAGUGGUGUGACUGACUCCACCAGGAUCAUGGGUUAUUCCUUCCUGUGCCCGUCUGUGACCCCCAGACCGCACGUCUCCACGGUGACCCUCACCCCUCAGGACGAGUUCUUCGUCUUGGGCAGCCGGGGCUUGUGGGACAUGUUGUCCGCCAGCGAGGCGGUGGAGGCGGUCCGAAACGUACCGGACGCUCUGGCCGCCGCUAAGAAGCUGGUGACUCUGGCUCAGAGCUACGGCUGCUCCGACAGCCUCAGCGCCGUCGUCGUCCAGCUCAGCAUCACGGAGGACUGCUGCUGUUUCUGCGAGCCGCCGCCUCCCCCUCCCAGCCCCGGCCUGGGUGCACACACCAGCACUCACCCCUACUCAGGGAGCGGUGACGGCGGCAUACCGCUGCCGCCAGCCUCCUCAGGGACAGUGAGCGAGCUGAGCAGCGAGUUCAGCACGUCUGAGAUGAGCAGCGAGGUGGGAUCCACGGCGUCCUCAGAGGAACCGCCGCCUCAGACCGAGCCCCUCACGUCUCACCUCAACCUGCCGGGGCGAGCCGGCGUGCGGAGACCGGCUUGUGGAGGCGGGAGCUUCCACAGGCAGUUCUCCGGAGCUCUGUCUGACAACGGCGUGGACAGCGAGGACGAGGAGCCCAUCGCUGGCGUCUUCUCUAACGGCAGCCGCGUCGAAGUGGAGGCCGACGUCCACUGUCUGCACCGCCAAGACUGCCCCGCCUCCCAAACACACUCUCACGCCCAACCAAGCACAAACAUCCCUCCAGCUGCCGCCUCCCAUCACGAGCCGUCACCUCUCCCCUUCUCCUCGCCAUCUCCUUCCCCCGUCCCUCCCUCCUCCCCCUGCCUCAGCGGGGAGACUCAGUCAGGGACUCUGGGCCGCAGAGCUCGCGCUAACGGCUCCGUGGCCUGCCAAGGAAAGAACCAGGACCUCAUAGAGGAGGCAGCCGACGCCCCCGUCAGGAAGCAGGGGGGCUACUUCAACGCUCCUGCCCAGCCGGACCCCGAUGACCAGCUCAUCAUCCCGCCAGAGCUGGAGGAGGAGGUCCGGCAGAUCAUCCAGCAGCAGCAGCAACAGCAGCAGCAGCAGCAGCAGCAACAGCAGCAGGAACAAAUCCAAACACACAACCAGCAAGCACACAGCUACCAGAAACCUGUAGACUAUUUUGUCACGCCCCUCUAACUUCUCGCCAACGUCUGAUCCAGAUGAUGAACUGUGGAAUCAGGACCGUCAGUCUUGAUGCUCUGCACUGCAUUAAGUCGAACCGCUCCCUCCAAAAAAGAACCUCAGAGUAUUCUUAACAUGCUUCUGGACCAGACAGACUGUGUUUUGUUAUUUACUUUAUUUUCUACUCUAUGCCCCUUGAAACGCAAUGCAAUUUUUAUAACACUUUAUGUUGAUUAAAUCUUCACACGUAAUUGCUUUUUACCAUAUCUUUAAUUUGAAGAAGCACUUUGAAUGCUUUU